AUGUCACCAUCUCCAUUGGAACGCCGUCUUUCUGCUCUGCUGGACAAGAGACGGUCACAAUCCAAGUUGCGGACGCUGAAAUCCACCCCAGCUGGCUCCGUGGAUUUCUCGUCAAAUGAUUUCUUGUCUCUGUCAUCGAACAAAGACUUUCAAAAUAACUACCUGACUACCCUCAACAAAAGCCGGACCCCACUGGGCUCGACGGGCUCGAGGCUGCUGGAUGGCAACUCGCAGUAUGCCGAGAACCUCGAAUGCGAGAUUGCAACCUUCCAUGGCGCCGAAGCAGGCCUUCUGACCAAUUCUGGUUUUGAUGCCAAUGUCAGCAUUUUCGCGUUCCUCCCACGAGAAAGAGAUGUCAUCAUCUACGACGAAUUGAUUCAUGCCAGUGUACAUGACGGUAUGCGGCAAAGCCGGGCGACGACACAAAUCCCAUUCAAGCACAACGAUAUCGACGAUUUGAGCCGCAUAUUGGAGCAAGUGGCACCAGUGGAGAAUUCAAGCCGGACGGUCUUCGUCGCUGUCGAAACAGUCUACAGCAUGGACGGUGAUCUAGCACCACUGACUGAGAUUGUCGAGCUCGUUGAAUCCGCGUUCCCUAGACGGAAUGCUCACUUGAUUGUGGACGAGGCACAUGCCACUGGCAUCUACGGACCCAAUGGAUCGGGCAGAGUAUGCGAGUUGGGUCUUGAGAAGCGCAUUUCAAUCCGACUGCAUACAUUCGGCAAGGCGCUUGCAUGUAAUGGCGGAAUCAUUCUAUGUUCUCCAAUUCUGCGACUAUAUCUCAUCAAUUACGCUCGACCAUUGAUUUAUACGACAUUCAUGUCCUACCCUGCUCUCGUCGCAAUCAAGACAGCUUACGCGUGGCUGCAGAUGGGCAAAGCGAAUCUGGUAUGGUCCCUCGGUCCCUCGCUCGCCGCAAACCUAUAUCAUUUGAUCCACCAUCUCUACACGCAACUGCAGACUUUGGAGACUGCCAUCUCGCAGGCGACCGGAACAGCUUCCACACCUCUCGUUACACUCCCCAAGACGUGUCCGGAGUCACCCAUCUUCGCCCUUCUGAGCCCCUACCCGCGAUCCCUGGCAGCGCAUUGCCAGUCUGCAGCUUUCAUCGUGCGCCCUGUCGUUUCACCCACAGUACCCAUCGGUACAGAGAGGGUUAGAGUCUGCCUGCAUUCUGGAAACACCGUCGAACAGAUUGACAGCUUUGUGUCCUGUGUUAGAAGAUGGCUGAUGCAGGAAGGCAUGUCUGGGAAGGAAGACAGCGCAUCACCGCUCGUGGGCAGUCUCGAGGUAGGCCCACAAGCUGAAAAACAAUUACUUGCGAAGUUGUGA